GGAUUCUUACCCCUUUUUUUUUCUUGUCGUCUCUUUCAGAAUCUUAAGAGAGAGAGAGAACAAACUGAAAAAGGGGAAGCCUGUGCGUGAGAGAGAACGCACCAAAGCGUGCACGAGAAAAGUAAAAGGAGCCAAAGCAAAGCUUUGGUUUUUAUAAAAUCCCACCACUUGUCUUACCAUACCUUCAUCACAUCUCUCUCUCUCCCCCCCCCGCCCUCUCAAUUUUGUGAGAUUAUUUCCUUUUUAGGCUUUCUCCCCUUUAAAGCUCUCUUAGGGUUAGGUGAAUCUCUGUCGUACGUCUCCCCUUGUAAGGAAGCUUUACUACGUUUUGAUGACAAAUAAUCUUUGAACUUUUUGAAGCAAGUCAUCAGUUUUUCAAGUUUAGGGUUUGUCGAAUUUUAAUCUCUUUGUAACCAAAAAAAAAUAAAAAAAUCAAUGGAAGGUUGUCCAAGAAACAGAGAACUCUGUCCUAAACUCCUUGAUUUGAUUCCUCAAGCAAGACAAUGGUACCAUGAAGAAAACAACAACACAGAUCAAGAAAAGAAACUUGAGCUAAGGCUUGGACCACCCGGUGGUUAUGACGAAGAUCGUCCAGCAACGAAGAAGAACACAGAGACAAGAAACAACAACAUCAAGAAAGAAGCAGAAGACAAAUCUAUCUUCAGUCCCAGCAAAAACCAUUUCUCUCCAUCCAACAGAACUAAUCUUCCUCACAUCUCUCAUAAAAGAACCGCUCCUGGUCCAGUGGUGGGUUGGCCUCCGGUUCGUUCAUUCAGAAAAAAUCUAGCGACUACAAGCUCUUCAAAGCUGGUAAACGAAUCCUCCCACAUAGGUCAAAUCAAUAAGAAUGGUGAUGGUGUGAAGCAAGUCGAACCUAAGAGGGAAGGCAUGUUUGUAAAGAUCAACAUGGACAGUGUUCCAAUUGGUAGAAAAAUAGAUCUCAAUGCUUACAAUAGCUACGAACAGCUCUCUUUUGGUGUAGACAAACUCUUCAGAGGUCUACUUGCAGCUCAAAGAGAUACCUCUGGUGGUGAAGGAGAAGAGAAACCGAUCAUUGGUUUACUGGAUGGUAAAGGAGAAUUUACUUUAACUUAUGAAGACAAUGAAGGGGACAAGAUGCUUGUUGGGGAUGUUUCUUGGCAAAUGUUCGUUUCAUCUGUCAAGAGGCUGCGUGUGAUUAAAAGCUCUGAGAUUUCAUCUGCUUUGAGAUUUGGAUGCAGUAAGCAGGAGAAGAUGAGGAACUAAAGAGUGGGUUAGCAACUUCUAUACGAGUCAGAAGGUCUCGCAGAUUUUAGUUUGUAAAUCUGGCGUUUGUUAUAUAAGAGACAAUCAUUGGAUGAGUCCACAAAGACAUUUCAUAUGAUCUGAUAUAUAUCUUCCAUGUCUCUAGCUAA